UGUCCCAUUGUUUCCAAUUAAAAUAAAUUUCCUAUAAACCAAUAUUUUCCUAGCCACGUAAACAGUAAGUGUAGUGCUGGUAUAAAUAGGGGGAAUGAAUAAGAAGUAAAGCAACACAUCUCCUUGACCAUUGGAAAAAAAUGUGGAAAUCUGACGAUUAUUAAAGCUUUCUUUCCAUUUCGAAGGUUGAUACGUCUUCAUAAAAGAAGUCAUGGCGAAUAGCAAGUUUUCAAGCUUUGUUUACAAAGUAAUUGACCUGGCAGGUAUAAACUCUGACAUAGAAGGAAAAAGAAUAAAAUACAUGAAUCAAGUAGAACGGUUUAUAUUUGAAGGUAUCAAUAGACAUAUUCAUAAAUUUAAUGAUCACAUACUUACUGGAAGUACAUCAGAGGGUGUCACGCCCUUAUAUUUAAGUGAUGUCGACUCAAUGACGGUGCUAGAAGAUGUCAUAUGUGUAGAAGAGGCCAAUGCAGAUACAAGUUGCAAACUUGACAUUUUAGUUGCUGAAUAUGAUAAUAUGCCACCCGGGUAUGUCAAGGUCAGACAUAAAUAUAAAAGUAAUGACAAUACUGAAAUAUCUUUGUUACUGUCACUAUCAUAUCUUUAUGAAUCAGCUAGAGAAGCACCAAUCAUAGCAAGUGAAUUAUUCAAUAAAUAUAGAAAGCUACCAGAUGAUACUAUUGAUACCAUGUCCUGUCGUCUUAACUCGAAAAUAAACGGUCCUGCAUAUACAUUUACAAUGAAUUUAAAAGACUCAUUUUCAUUUGUAAAAGAUUCAUCAUUUUCAUUUGUCACUACCUCGGAAAUUGAUUGUGUGUUUGCUAUCCGCUUUUACAAUUCAAGUAUUCUUACUGAAUGGUCUUCGAGAGCUAGAUACUACGACUGGCCUACAGCGGAACUUAUACACGAUGUUUCCACUAUGGAAGAAUUUAUACUCCCAGUCGGCGAUAAGAAAAGCGACACCGAGCAUCUUGAAUGGAGAAUAUCACAUGUUACUAUAGAGAAAAAGUUACUUAAUACGUUCAAUAGCACCCAAAGAAAGUUAUAUGUUGUAUUAAAGUUAUUUGCGAAAAAUGUGUUUUCUUCAGUGAGUAAAUCGUUUUCGUCAUAUAUGGUAAAAAAUGUCGUUCUUUGGAUGGCGGAAAUGAAUCCAGGACAUCACUACACACCAGAUCUUUUUAUUGCUCAACUUUUAAAAAGUUUCCAUUUUAUAAAGCACUGUUUGAUCAAUAAUCACUUACCAAGUUAUAUGAUGCCAAAUAAAAAUUUGAUAGCAGGAAGAAUAUUUGGCCAUGAAAAACAUAAAUCUGAUAUCCCUUCUUUCCUCUUUAAUUGAUGAAGGUGAAUUUGUGAUUUAUAAGCUUCCAAACUUGGCAGCAUGCUUGAACUACGUUUCUAUACAUCCAGUUAUAUUUACUGAAUGCUGUAUCUGGCGGCAUUGUGUAGAAUCACAAGUUUUGUCAGCCAAGAGUACAUUUCUCUCUUCUCUGGAUGCGAAAACUAACUGUCUGGAAGCACAUUACCACAAUUUAGACUACCCUUCGGUCUAUGCCAUAGCCCAAAAUCAGCAAGUUUUAAGUAAUGUGUGUAUGUUAUUCAAGCUGGUGAUGCUUGACUAUCGUGAACGAUUUCCAAAUGCUACCUUCGUCGAUUUGACGAAUACAUUUCUCAAAAGACUUCAAUUUGCUAUGAAAUGCUGGUUUCUGUAGUAUAACGAAUAAAGUUGUUUAUCAAGAUAAAUAUUUAUUGUUGUUUUAUAUUUGUUUUGUAAGUUUGCAUUUACUCACCGACA